GGUGGCUGUUUAAGAGACCGCGCUACACCGCAGUAACUGUCAGUUUAACGAUCGGAGAGUGUCUCCCGCUUUCAACUGGGUUUGAACUUCAACUUGAACAAAUGGCUAAAAGUGACGGCAGCUCAUAUUUCCGGAGACCCAGUCUCUUCUGGAUUGCAGCUAUAACUGUGUCCAUGGGUUACUACACAUGGGCCGUGUUUUGGCCACAGCAACUCCCUUAUGACACUUUGGGUCCACUCGGUGCACUCACAAAAUACCUGGUCAAAGAAUAUCACGGUUUCAUGUACAAGGGAUGGUGGCUUGCUUGGGCAGUGCAUCUGUUUGAAGCUCUGGUGGCGCUGAAAGUAUGCAGCGAUAAAAGCAUCGACAGUCAAUCAACUCGCCUCCUGUGGUUUGUUCAGACGUUAUUGUUUGGCUUUGCAUCUCUGGGAUUGCUCCUCAAAUACAAACCAGGCGGCCGUUCCAAACGGCACUGAGCAGCUGUAGAUGUGCACACCUCUACUUUCGAUUGGAUGAAUCAAGAUCAUCAAGAGCAUGCAAUCAGAAUGACUUUACCGUAGAUGCUCUUCAAAGUUAGAGACCUAAUAUGUGCCUUUCAUUCAUACCCAGUAUUUAGCGUUUAAUCAUUUCUUGAUCGGUACACGUUACUGUGCGUGUCGCUAAUGCAAAUCAUCUGGUUAAAACUUUUACAAUUUGAUUUUAGGACCUGUUUUUCUUACAGAGUUUAAAAUCUCAUCGGGUGGGAGUUUCAUCAUUUUAGUUUGGCAGUUAGCAAUUUCACAGAGACAUGAUUCACAGGCUAUAAACUAUGCCUUCACCCACACAGAUUAUUGGAGCUGUCACAGAUUAGAGAACGGGCCACCUGAAUGGAAAAUUGGUAUGUCAAACUUUGGGAUAAAAUUGGAAAAGAUUUGUAGGAUGUUGUUUUCAAAUUGUAUUGAGCACAAUUGCUUUGCAAUUUAGAAAUGUUUUUCAUGUUCUUAGACAAGUUGAAGACAAUAACAGUCAGCCAUAUUGACAUGAAUGAGUUUGAUGUGAUUGAUCUGAUUUGAUCUGAUUUUUACCCUUGAUCAACUCCUCACUGUAAAACCAUUUAAUAUUAUUCAUUCCUUCUUUUUUCUAGGAACUUUUAUAGUCCAACUAGGGACUGUGUGACAAUUGUAUUUAUUCCUAUUUUCUGACCGUGAUCGGACCUCUGGUCAAAAUUCACACAUGCAUUUAAACACUACAGGCAAUUUGGGAAACACCAAUUAGCGUAACCUGCAUGUCUUCGGACUGUGGGAGGAAACCGGAGUACCUGGAGAAAACCCAUCAAGCAAACUCCAUACACACUCCGUGACAGUGCUAAUCGGCAAGCCAUCGUGCCGCUAUAUUUAGAUCUGUGAUAAUUAGUAUUAAAACCCAAUUUUCAUAAAGUAUGUUCUUCAGGCUACCUUUUGCUAAGACCUCCUCGUGCUCACCAUGCAAUUUAGGUCAGCUUCUCACAAGAAGUCCGAUAUUUAACCGGCUGAAGCUGGUCUGAACCAGACUGCUUUCCAAAAUGCCCUCGAUUACUCAUACAAACUGAAUUUGUGUCACACUGGGAGUGAAUCCUUCUGCAACCCAGAUGCUUGUUUGGUGGACACUAAACCAAGCAAAAGACUCCUAUGCAAACUAUCCGGUGCAUUUUUUACAUUAGAUUUCCUGCAGAACCUGAGUCACGUAGUCCAGCUCUAUAUCGCAGCAGGGCACGAGUCUGACAUCCGCUAUUAAUCACAGCACAGUGACUGGGGCGAGACAUCGUUAUAGGUUUCACUGAUGUGUGAUACACAGCAUUCCUUAAACUGAAAAACGGUUCUAAUUAUUUAGUAGGUUUAUAUGAAAAAUGAAAGGAUGAAUGAGUUAUUUUUUAUUUUAAUUUGCUGCAAGUUGUACACAGAUUGUUUUUUAAUAUAUUAACUGUGCUAAUUAUCAUGCAAAUUAUGUGGU